AUGUCAGCCACAGCUCCUACGGAUUCUUCUAAUGUUACUUCUCCAGCGAAGAAGAAGAGCAAUAAGAAGAAGAAGAAUGCCAAAUCGAAAUCAAAUGGAGACAUACCCCAAAUUCAAGAUCAAGUGAACGAUCUCACAGUAAACGUAGCAGAAGAAGAAGAUGGGAAUCCAGAGGAUUCCGGGCAGUCAACUGUGAAUACUCCAAAGGACGCCCAAUUUCCAUCAAGCAUAGAUUCGCAAACGAAUGGGCGCAAAAUUGACUCCGCGGGUAAUGGCCACGCCAUUGCGCCAACCCAAUCUAGCGCCGGGAAGGAGGAAGGGACCUCGGAAAGCAAUGGAUCAGAUGAAUUGGACUCGAGUGCUCGACUGGAAGCAAUGACGGCGGAACGUCAGGCAUUGCGCGCUGAAGUUGAACAACUACGAAGAUCCCUUGAGGAUAUACAGGGCAAGCACACGGAAGAAGAUUCAACAGCCAAGGGCCAAUACUCCGAAAAUCUAUCCUCUGUCGAAGAAAAAUACAAAAAUGAGAUCACCGCACUCAAGAGUCAACAUGAGGAGGAAAUUUCUACAGUCCGAGCAGAAUUGGAGGAGACUGAAUCUUCGAGAGAAAACUGGGAAUCCCAAUAUCAUACAUUACUCACACGCGUCAAUACGAUCAAAACUACUUUGGGGGAACGAUUGAAGGCAGAUAAAGAGGAAUUGGCGGAGGCCAAUGAGAAAAUCGAAGACUUGGAAUCACAAGUGGAAUCAUUUCAAAGUACUAUUCAAGGAUUGGAGGACGAGGUAUCCAAAUUACGAAAUGAAUUGAACGAAUCGUCCAAAGAAGUUUCAAGCAUGCGGAAUCGUAAUAAUUUAUCACAACAGAAUUGGGUCCAUGAAAGGGAAGAUUUGCUUCAACAAGCUAAACAUCUCAAAGAGGAAGCCGAUGCUGCAAAAGAAGCCAUGGGGGAUUGGGAAGUUUUGGCUAUGGAAGAGAGAUCUAUACGAGAGAACCUGGAGAGUAGAGUUUCUGAUAUGGAAGAACAAUUUUCUGCUCAAAAAGAAGCAUACGAAACCACGGUCGCCGAACGUGAUAGCCAUUCUCAAGCGGUCGAUGGAUUACAACGAGCUUUGCAGGAAAUUCAAGAGACUCGAAGACGAGAACUUCGAGAGAUGGUCGAAAGUUAUGAUGAGCAACUUCAAUCCUUGAAAAAGAUCGUUCAGGAGUCGGAUUCUAGAUGCGUGGAGGCUGAAACUUCGAAAGAAGCUCUCCAAACGGAAUUGAAUCGACUUCUACCAUUCGAAAAGGAAGUCAAGGAAAAGAAUUUGUUGAUCGGCAAACUUCGUCAUGAAGCCAUUGUUAUUAAUGAUCACCUCACGAAAGCAUUGAGAUUUAUUAAAAAGUCGAAGGUAGAGGACAAUGUUGAUAGACAAGUUGUCACGAACCACUUUUUACAUUUCCUCUCAUUGGAUCGUUCGGAUCCGAAGAAAUUUCAAGUACUACAAGUCAUUGCUUCAUUAUUGAACUGGACAGAUGAACAAAAAGAACAAGCCGGUUUAGCAAGGCCAGGUGCUUCGAGUAAUAGCUUACGCUUACCGAUGUCACCCUUUCACCGAACACCAAGCACACCAUCAUUAUCCACAGAAUUCUUUACCGAGCCCUCAAACUCUCAAAAGGAAUCUCUAUCAGAACUUUGGACAGGAUUUCUAGAGAAGAGCGCCGAAGAAGGAAGUGUUAAAGAUAGUAGAAGUGAAAGCGUGAGUAGCUCAGCUACUCUCGCAACAAAAUAG